AAAUGAAUAAAUAUUUAAAGACUAAAAGUGAAGGCGUGGCACGGCAUUAUCCGUUUAUUUUUAGUAGCAAACAUGUCGUCACGGUGAAUGCUCAGGAAGUUGCAAACCGAACAGGGGAGAUGAUGUAGACUGCAGAAUGGGAACAUACUUGCGAAAAACCAAUUUCAUCGAAGGGGUCGGCAAUGAAGUCUUGUUCGGAAUUGCUGCAUUUUCAGGCAUUCUUGUGCCUAUGAUUGCAUACAUCCUGAACAGACAACGCCAGGUUCCUGUUAUUCACCCAGACAGCGCUGCCAAUGUUGAAUCAACUCGUGCGCAGCUUCGCCAGGAUUCAGACCAUCAAAUUCAGACUGGAAGACGUCAAGCACGUCAAAACAACAAUGGUCAACUUACCUGCCCAAUUUGUUUAGGAGAUGCUAACUUUGCUGUUGAAACUAACUGCGGACAUAUUUUUUGUGGUCUGUGUAUUAUAACUUAUUGGCAACAUCAAAGCUGGCUGGGAGCAGUGCCUUGUCCAUCAUGCAGAACUCGGGUGACAAUAUUGCUGCAGAAUUUUUCCAAUCAAGAAGUUUUGGAAACUUCAGAGGAAAAGACACAGAUAAUAGAGCAGAUUAACAACUACAACCGCAGAUUUUCAGGAGAACCUCGCCCAUGGAUUGACUAUAUUCGUGACCUGCCAACUCUUCUGCGCCAUGCUUGGAAUGAAUUCUUCACUGUUGGAGGACUUAUAUGGAUGUUUCGUGUGAGAGUUAUCAUCUGUUUCUUUGCUGCUCUUCUGUAUUUUAUCUCACCUCUAGACAUCAUUCCAGAGGCAGCAUUUGGAAUCCUUGGUUUCUUGGAUGACCUUUUCAUCAUUCUUCUGCUUGCAAUUUAUGUCAGUAUUAUCUAUCGUCAGAUUGUAGAAGCCAGGGCAGCACGUGGAGCCCCAAACAAUGAAGUCAACAGAUGAACUGUUAUCAACAUAUUGCUUGUCUCUGUCUAAUUGCGGCUUUUAGACCACUCCCUCCAACAAAAAUUUAAAAAGGUGGGGGGGAUCCUAACAACAACGAUGAUAAACUUUGUUACUCCUGUUCCAUAAAUAUGUGAUUUUGGUCUUUCUGUGUCCUUUGUAUUAAUAUAAAAACUCGAAACAAGUUGCUCAGAUGGAAUGGUGCAUUUAUUUUAAACUUUGAAAAGCAUGACUGGAAACAUUUUUUGUAAAGUAAAGGUGCUUUAAAUAAGUGCUUUUGAAACUAUUUGAUUAAUAUUGCUUUUACAAUUUUUGGUUUUAUCAGAGUAGACAAUUUAAAAACAGCUCAAAAUUUUCUGGAAUAAUGCACAAUGCUGCUGUGUAGUAGAUUAAAAUAUAACAGAUUAAGAAUAAUAAUGAAACUUUAUGAUGGACUGUGCUUUGAACCUUAAAUAGACUUUGCCAUGAUAAGCGACUAAUCAAGUGUUUUCAUUCAGAUUCCUGCCUAUUUACACUUGGAGUUGUUUUUAUGCAUGGUUGUGAAAGAUACAUCAAGAUUUAUCUUGAUUAAAAUAAUUUUAACCUAUACGAAAAUAAAAGAAUUUCCACUAGUUUGAAAUGAAAGUACUGCUAUUUAAUAUUAACAUUGUUAAUGCUUGUUUGUUGAUGCUGAUGCCAGUUUAUAGACUGUUUUAUUCAGUGUCAUGUGCAAAAUAUGAAGUUGAAAUCUUUUCUGGUAUGGUUGCCCAAGCUAUUUGUAAGAGGAAGAUAAUUUGGGGAUAGGUUAGAUCACUUGUAAGGAUAUACUAAAAUCAUUUUUCUUGAUUGAUUUACUGGAAAAAUGUCAUUUAGUUAAAGGUAUCAGAUGUGUGUAUAUAUAGUUGCUAUCUUUCUGAGGGAUAAAUAGAAAAAAAAUUUGUAAUUCAUUGUGAUUAUGCACCUGAGUGUUUUGCACAUCUUAUCGACAAGCAACAUGAUGUGACUACAGCACAAAAACACUUGGUUUUGCAUGUUUGUAUUGAUCGAUACCAAGCAUUCUCACUACUGCAGUUAGUACAUCAGCCAGUUGUUUAACAGAACACUUUUUAGCAGGCUAGAGCAUUAUCAGUAACUCAGCAAAAGUAGCUGGCCCAGCUCUAGAGGGUGUUUUAUUCUGCCUUAUUGCAGUUGAUCAGUACUCUUUAUGCAAUUUUAAAGCUGUAAUAAGAAUAAAAAUAAAUUUUCAGCAUUUAUUGUGAAAAUAUUUAAUUAAUUUGAGUGUAGAUAUAAAAAGGGAAAUUCUUGUAACUGUUCCCUCUAUUGUUUAACUCAUGUUAUCUUUAAAAUAUGGUACAGCCUAUAAAAAACUAGCCAGGAGCAUACAGCAUAAUGUAUUAAAAGAAUAUUAAAUUAAUAUGACUAUGUGUGAGAAAAAGAGCGAUUGUACUUACUCUUGAGUUUAUUUAUUAAUCUUUGAAUGCCUGUAAAAGUGUUUAAUUUUUUUUUUUAAAUUUAUGUAGUUAUCGUAUUUCUUCUCUGUUCUGAUUGACUUGAAUCUGGGUCUAUAUGUCUUCAGCCUAUCUCAGCCUGAAUGCACUCACAUGCAUGUGUGAUGUGUGUUGGGGAGUGUGUGCAUGUAUGUUUAUAAACAACUAUUUUUCAUAUAGCAUCAAUGUUAACUGUGCAGACUUGUAAAUAAUCCACUUCAAUAUUGUGUAAUUUGAUUAUAUUAAAAGAAUUCAUCUUGUUUUGGGUUAAAAGAAUUCUCAAUGUAGCACAAUUCAUCAUACUCAACAUCUGAAAGUAUAAAGUGUUACAUUUGUCAUAUCAGUUUCUUGUUUUACUCAGCACUUUAAGUCAGGUUUUGGUAAAUCAUACUUGCAAAAGUUCACAAAUCAUUGCUUUAAUAAUUGAUGUUUUGUGAUGAAAGAGCUUAUGCAAUAUUCAGUUUACAAAACUCUAUAUUGUUACAUGUGUAACCAAUGGGGCAAAAAUGUGUGAAUUAUGACAAAUAUAGCAAUCUCUAGAAUUAUUAUUAUCUGCUUAUCUUACUUUCUUACAGUUGCCUGACUUGGUCAUUAACAAAACCAUUAAGUUUCAUCAGAUAAUAGUUUUCUUCAAGUCUCAAACAUGAAACAGUUUUCCUUGGUAAUCAUGAUUUAUAUUGUGGAAUUUACAUUUAGUGGCUUAUUCUUUAGAACCUGCAAUAUAAUUUUGUUGUGGAGUUACAGAAA